AUGUUGUCCAUCCUGCGCAAAGCGAGGCUGAAGGACAAGGAGAUGAGGAUAUUGAUGUUGGGACUGGACAACGCCGGAAAGACGACGAUUGUCAAGAAGAUCAUGAACGAGGAUGUCAACACCGUCAGCCCCACGUUGGGGUUCAUCAUCAAGACUAUUGACUUUGAGGGAUACAAGUUGAACAUAUGGGACGUCGGAGGCCAGAAGACACUGCGGUCGUACUGGCGCAACUACUUUGAGAAAACGGACGCCCUGAUAUGGGUCGUCGACGUGACGGACAGGCUGAGGAUAGACGACUGCCGGGAGGAGCUUCACGGGCUGCUGCAGGAGGAGCGACUCGCCGGCGCGAGCUUGCUGGUGUUUGCAAACAAGUCGGACGUGUCUGGGUGCAUGGACGAGGCGGAGGUUAUGGCAGGCUUGCAGCUUGCGAGCAUCAAGACGCACCAGUGGAAGAUCCUGCGGUGCAGCGCGAUGACGGGCGAGAACCUGCGCGAGGGGCUGGCCUGGGUGGUCGAGGAUGCCAAGGCUCGCCUGUUCCUAUAUUGA